AAGACGUUCCUAACCUACAAAGUUCUUUAUAAAAUAAUUAUUCUAGUUAAGUUAUUCAUUUUAUUACAAAAAAUCCAUAAUCCAUCCACUUGAAAAAAGGAGCCAAGAUGAAUUCAAGUUUCAAAAGUAUCCUGUCUCCAAGAGGAAUUCUCUCACCAAAAACAGUGAACUCACGGAGACAAAGUGUGCUAUCCAUGAAAACACCCUCGAGACUUAAUUUAUCCAGCCGCUUUAACCAGUCGACGACAUCUUCCUACAGUGUUGACCAUUUUGGCACCCAGCUUCCGGUUCUUGUGGCAGAAGCUUUAAAAUUCUCAGAUGGCAACAGCGCAGCCAGUGUAAACGUGUCCAGUGACGGCUGGGCGUGGUUCGUGUGUGGCCGGCGUCUGCUCGUGUGGCAGGUACAUGGCGCUCAGUGCAGAGAACUAUCUCUGCCACACAGCGACCUCGCACAUCGAGCGCAUCUCAUCACUGUUUACACUCAACAGCCAUCCCAGAUGCCUUGCUGUCUGGCCGUGUCACCAGAAGGCAUCGUCCGCUACUGGUCGAGCGUAGCUCAUGAGAGCAGCUGGACCGAGACCAACGCAGAGCUACAGGGACAAGAAUGCGACUCACUUCAUCCGCUGUUGCCGCUAGGAGCGCUACUAGUCACCACCACGGCUACGCUGGUACUGGUCACUCCAACCUUCGCCGCAGCCAGGCACUCGCUGGUGUGUCGCCCAGUAAAGAUGCCGCACGGCUGGCUCGGCGGGAUCAGUCGGAAAAUGAGCUCUUUCAUCUUCGGAUCACUGCCGGCCACUCAGAUUAUGGAAACGAAACUGGUGAGGGUGACGACGUCCGGCAUGGGUGGAGAGUGGACGGUCACUGUGUUGGCUGGACACUCGCUUCAGAAAUGGCAGUUAAGGGGCGGAGACUCGGAGAAUUUACUGUUGGAGGGAGACCUCUCGAGGCCUCUGCGUCAGGCGUUCCUUGACGCUAACAAGGAUAUACAAGAGCUGCUUCUGCUGGACAUGCAGGCUGUGGAGUCGCCUGAAGGAGUAAUGUUGCUGGUGGCCGGAGCUCAUGACUCCUCCCAGCUCACCUUCGCUCUAGUGCUGGUGAAGACACAGGUCGUGCCACUGACUGUCAGCUGGUUCAGGGAGUUGACAGCUGAUGAGUUGGGACCUCUGUCACACACACAGCACGACUCUACACCACAACUACUGCUGAUGGGACACAUUGCGCUGGUAUACAACAACAACCACAUUGUUGCCAUACCUAUUCUGACCAAGAAAGGGGAAGUAGAACUCCUAGACUUUGGUCCGGGUCACAUCAUUGACGGAGCGCUCUACGGCAAAUCCCCCGUGUUUUUCACAACUGUCAAUGGAUUCAUAUCUGUGUCUUCCGGUGACUCAGCGCAGGACGAUUUAAGCAUGUCAAUUGGUGGAAUGGUUCCUGAACAAAGUGUGACUGAAACCAACAUUGAAGAGUUGACACAGCAGAAAGACAACGUUGGAUUGAUGAAGGCUGCUUUUCUGAUGUAUAUCAAGAAACAGUUGGACCAGAGCAAAGCUGUAGUGGCCAACCUGUUCUGUGGUGAUGCAGGUAGCCUCGACUCAACAGCUGUUGUUAAAACCAGCCUAGAACUUAUAGACGAUGUUCCUUCAAAGGAUCCUCGUUGGGCAGACCAAAAGUCCAAUAAAUUCAGUAUCAGCAGCACUCACUCUCUGCAGAUUGUUCAUCAGUUGGAGGAGAAGCAGAAGGUUCUAGAGCGAUAUGUCACGUUCCUCAAAGACCUCCAAUUGUGGGACAAGCUGGGAACCGUAACGGUCCGUGAUAGAGUGAUGGCUACAUCAUUUGUGCUCCAAGAACACGCUGAAAAAGUUGCCGCUACUCUUGCGCUGAAAAAAUACCAUCCCAACAAUGUUGAACUCAUAGACAAAAUCAUUGAGGAUGUACUUUUGAAACGCAGCAAGACUCCGUUUGGCAACCUGACCAACCAGGAUUUGUUUUACCGCCAGGUUAGCCAGAUCCACGAGGGGAUUCAGCAACUUGUGCGGUGGAGUGAAGACGUCGUGUUCCGGGAGCACAAUUCUCAGCUGGUGGCCAAUCAGCUGGUUGCAGCCAACACUGCAUUACUGGAGAUGCUACGAGCUGUCAGUGAGCUGAGAGAGAGGGUCGGCAGCAUGUACCACCCGGGGGUCGGCCAAUGGGAGAUGAAGCUGUGGACGACUGUUAGUGGCUCGGACACCAUCAGUGACUCGCUGUCUCUGCAGAUUCAGCUGACAGUCGCCCACGGUGUGAAAACAGCUGGAGAGCCGCAGCUGAAGGCAGAGUUGUUGGAUCAGCUGAUGUCUCUGGUAGACUUUGUGUUGGACGGACGCAAGUCUCACGUCCAGAGUCUGCGGGACUCGCCGAUGUAUUCGGCCGCUCUACAUCAGUACGAGGCUGACAGGCUGGCAUACCUACAGCUGUUCAUGUCUGAAGAAGAAUAUGAACGAGCAGCAAUGUUGGGGGAGAAAUACCUUGACUUUCAGAUAUUGGUUGAUAUUUGUGACCGAACUAGAAACAAAGAGAAAUUAAACCACUACAUUGAAAAAUUCUCAAACCAGGCUUUCUCCAAGUUCCUGUUCUCUUGGUACAUCCGGGAACAGAAGCAGAGCACUCUGGUGCAGCAUUGUAGUGAGAAGGGUGGAGAACAGUUGGCUACACUGCUGAAGGAUCAGCCGUCUCUGUCGUGGUUGUACGACCUGGAACGUCACAACUACCAGCAAGCAAGUGACACUCUCACUACACUGGCCAAACAAGAGGUUCAGCUGUUGCAACGUAAGAAGACACAGCUGUCUCUGGCCAAGUUGACGGCUCUGGCAGCUGGGGCUGAGGUGGAGGAGUUGACGUCGGGUUUGACACUUGUAUCGUACCAGGAGAAUCUUCCUGAAGCUCUUCUGAGAAUGUACGGUUACGACCCUGAGAACAUGAAGUUGCUCACUCCUUCAGAACUGGUGAAGAUGUACAUAAGUGACGAGAACCCGUCAAACUCAGAGUUUUCCUACAAGACUGCUCUAGACAUUCUGCCAUUCAUACAGGACAACCAGGAGCAGAUGGAGUUGAGAAACGAGGUGUGGUGCAGAGCGAUAUUGAGAGACAACUGGACCGACAUGGACCCUAACUCUCCACAGACACUGGUGCGGGAAUUGUUCUUUUUCCGGCUCUUCGACCUCUGCAUGCUCGGUUGCGAGGACAUGGUUCCAUCUAUCGAGAGUAUAUUGUCCUGCGAAGACCUUGGUCAUCUCCGAGAAGACACCACGUUCCAGUAUUUCCUACAAGUCGGUUACGAACAGCUUACCAAAGACUCUGUCAUGGCUGCUCUGUAAAUUACGUUACUGAUCUCAACUUUGCCUAAAUGAUCAUUCUCUGGAAGAGGAAGGAAACAAUGUUUGUUAUAAUAGACACUAAAAUUUUCUAUGCAACUUCUAAUUCUGGAUGGUCUAGAAACAUGGUAGGCAAUUCAAAAUGGUGCCUGAUUCUUCUUUCUAAUUGUUUUCCACUAAUGAAGAAUCCCUAGGAUAGGCAAUAUAUUAUGUAAUUAAGGUGAAGGAUCUGAGUCAAAAAGUCUCUUCGGGUUAAUGAACUUACUACUUCUAUUAUGUUCCUAACUGGCUCCAGAAUUUAGUGAUAAUUUUGAGCUGUGCUAAGUGACUUAAUUAUAUUGAAUUUGUGUUUAAAUCACUUUUGCCCUGUGCUAUAGAAGUUAUUCUCAAACAUUUUGAAUUAAAUUUCAUUUUCCAGUGUAAUUCAAGAAAUGAAGUGGCUAGUGUAGCAUCUAUUUUUCUCCUGAAUAUUCAUCUACAUUUUUACUUCCUAUUUUUUAUAUGUAAAUCUGUGUGAUCAAUAG